AUGUCCCGCAAGGACGGCCCCCGGGAUGACGGAGGAAUAUCCAUGUCAUCUCCAGAUUCGCUCGCCAUAGUGAACAGGACUCGGCACAAAACCCUGGAGCUGGCAUACGACGAGUAUCUUCAAGGAAGGAUUCUCAAAGUUGAUCCUGUCGUACCCCCUUCCUUGGAGCUGCUCUCACACUUCGACCUCACUUUAAAGUCCAGUCGCGACCCACAGACCAACGAGUGUCCCCAGAAUAAAUGCGUCGUCUUCAAGGGUGAAACGAGCUUGUUUGAUCGCUUUAUUGACUUUGCAAUGGCCCUGGUCAAAGGCAAAGAUGCGGUUGGGGGUUUCAAGGCACCAAGCGAAAUUCGGUUUCCACCCACGGGGUUGAAAGAUGGCCUGAGCUACGAGGAAUUCGCCGCGAGAGUCGAGGUCGUGGAAUAUGUGAUGUGGGUCAGUGAUAUUGGGGAGGAGGACGAGGAAGAAACGGAUGAAAGCUCUCUUGCGCUUGCUGUUAUGUCCCAGAGCAUCCAAUCACUGUCGGAAAUUCCCACGUCGGUCGACGACAUCGAGAUCCCAGAAAAUGAAACCACUGCGAACGGCAAAUCUCAACCCGCACGAACUCCACCAAAUCAUGCCAGCCCAACCAGUGGCUCGAGCUCGUCGCUAUCUCCUCCCCCGGAAGUUAUCACGACACCACCAUCCAUGAAACGUUACUCAAUUCGAAAGAAGGCGAGGUCGGAAAGCGCCAGUGAUACGACUUCGCCAGGCAGGGCUGCCCCAAAGCCUACAUCGCCGACACCACCAUCGCGGAAUAGAAGACGAAGAAAUGGAAGAAAAUAA